AUGGUCGGUACCUCGCCUUGCGUGUCUCUCACAAGAGGUAGCGACGGCCUCGACGCAUCGAAGGAGAACGUGUCUCUCUGUCGAGCUCUCGGGGUCGACGUAACGGCUUCCGCCGUCUCACUCGCCGUCAUCCUUGCCGGAGCCGGCUCCUCCCCCGGGGCGUGUCCAACACCGACUCAGCCAUCCUUCUCGCUCUUGGAGACAGAGGUUCGGACCCGAGCGUCCCCUCUCCAUCCCUUCGACCCUCGCGACCCUCGACUCUGGGUUCGGUUCUCCUCGGCGUUCCUCGUUCCGAACCCUCGUUUGAACCGCCCCAAGUCUUCCUCUACGCGCGUCACCUUCGGCGGACCCUUCGGCGUGCUCUUCGUCUUCGUCUUCGCGAAUCUCUGCCGGAGGUGGCGUUUCCGUCUCAAGCGGGGGAGCCCACCCACUGAGCCCCUCACUCGCUUCCUCUCCUAG